AUGCACGUUUCAUCUUCUGGGUCACACAUGACGUAUGCGAUGACCGAAGAUGCAAUAAAACAGACUAAAAAUGUGGGACGUUUGCAAGAAAUGUGUAUCAUGCUAUUAAAAGAGAACGUUGAUUAUAGCCAGAAAAUAAAAUCUAAAUCGAAAGCCCCAAGUGUAAAUAACGCCCUCACCUUAAAAUCAGAUUCCAAUAUCAGCAUUUUGCAAUAUAAACUUAGCGCUUAUGACUUCUACAGAAAUAUUUUAGAAAGAAAUUUACAAUUACUUGAAUCCAUUUUAAUUGCUGCCUGUAAAGACAAUAAAAAUAUUAUCUUACCGAAAACAGACAUCGUAAACAUCUUUAAAGUCAACAAAGAAAACAUAACGAAGAUGAAAAACCUCCAUGAAUCAACAGAAGGCUCGGCACCUAACUCUCCAGAAAAGCCCAUUUCCCCAGAAAGGAGGAAAUUAACAGCGGUUUCUCCACCUUCAAGAAAACGCGAAAUACAUGAGUCUCCUGCAAAAAUAGCAGAAAAUCAAAAGAAUUCCAAUUCACCAAACCAAACAAAAAUCGCUCAGGUUAGAGUACAGACUUCAAAAUCUUCACUCGUUGAAACUCGGUCAAAUCCUGAAUUUCCUUUUAUUCAAAAACAAGAUUCUGAGUUCAAAUUACAGAACAGUAAACAUCAACAUGGAAAUUUCAAUCAAGGAAAUUCUUCAAAAUCACCUUCCGCUAAUACUCGGGAAUUAAAGCACUUAUCAGCGCCAUCAAGUGGUGUAAGAUCAAAGAGUGCGAGAAAGCAGACGAAUGCCGAGCUCGACUCAGAAUUUGCCGAAAAAAUUCAGGAAAAUAGAGAACUUCAAAAACACGUUUACCAAGCGAAUGAAGAUUAUAAGUCCUGCAAGAUGGUUUUAAGAGAGAAACGAGAAGAGCUCAUCAAAGAAAUCGAAAAAAACAAAAAAUUAAAGUCAAUAAUUAACGAAAAAAUGGAAAAUUUCCAAUCUAAAAUUACAAUAAUUACUACAGAUAUCGAAAAAUUACGAGCAAGCAACAGAGAUCUCAGAAAUAAACUUAACGAAAUUGAUUCAUCAAUACAAAAAGGAUUAGAACAAAUUGAAAUUAAAAAGAAGCAACUUGAAAAUGCAGUACAUGACAAGGAAAAUAGAUUAGAUCAAAAAUAUAAUCAAUUACAAAAUACGAAUACUCGAAGUGAAAUUAUAUCACGUAAACUCGAAACUGAGGGAAAGAACGACUCAGACAAGAAGAUUAAGUCAUCUAUGACUUCACCCGUUUCGUUAACGAUCGAUGUAUUGCUCCAAAAUAUGGAGAUUGAAAAACAUAACGUUACAGGAAACAUAAAAUAUUCUUGUGAUGGUGCCUUAUCUCAUCUACAGCAAUUUAUCGAAGACGAUGAUGAUUCUGACGGAAAUUAUGAUAUGCCAGAAAAAACUACAGUACAAUUCCACAAUUUGGAUCUUCCAUCUGUUAAACCAUCACCUCCAGUGCGUAGAUUACCAAAUUAUUCUGCAGAAGAUUCGGAUGAUCAAGAAAUUCCAAUAAAAUCUAAGCCAAAUAUUCCAGUAAUUCCAAAGAAAGAAACAACAAUUCGCUUCUCUCAAGAUGCUUCUCCGUCUCCUACUAAGAGUAUUUCCCAAUUCGUUGAAUCUGAUACAUCAAAUGAUUUCGACUCUUCAGUUUCAUCGAAUUCGUCUCAUCCUCCAAUCAAAGAAAUCCAAUCUUCACGAGAACUUCCAAAGUUUUCUCUAAUUGAAGAUCCGGAUUACAUUAAUGAGCCAAUUCCACAAACAGAGACAAGUCCAGAAGGUUCACCGAAGAAAGUGACAAUAGCUAAGAAUUUUAUUCCGAUAAAACGCCAUGGAAGUUAUUUGAGUUUAAGUGGGUCGGAUUUCCUCGGCUUCAAGAAAGAACAUUCUUCACCGAAACCACUCGCAAUAACACCGCCACAAAAGCUUAAAGCUCUCAAAGACGAAUCUGAUGAUAGCGACAACGAAUUUUCAGAUUUACCUCACGCAUCUAAAUCCUCAAAGGCUUGUUUAUCACUUUCUGGAAACUUUGUUUCUCCUAAAGGUCCAUUUGACUCUCCGAAAGCAAGAUCUCCUUCUCCUGUAACAGUUCAUUUAAUUCCAAAGGUUCCAAAUUCACCUUUAGCUCAUCAAGUAUCUCCAUUUGCUCAGAGUAAUGCAUCUAACGCUAAAUCUUCUGAUAACGAACGUCCUUUGAGAAGAUUCAGUAGUAAUUCAAAUGAUGAAGACGAUUUCUACAUCCAAAAGCCAAGAGAGUACAAACCACCAACACCAUCGAAUGAUCCGAAUCUUCUUAAGCAUGCAGAAGGAGAUUUCGUGAUUGUUGACAAUUUUGGAAAUGACAAUGAUGAAACUCCGAUUUCUAUCAAACCUGUUGGUCGUUCCAACCCAAUUUAUGCAAGCGUUUCACCAGAAUGUCCAGCGAGAGUUCCUUCCCGAAGAAAUAUCAAAAUGGCGAGAAGAGCGAGUACUCUGGAGAUUACUCCUUUCUUAGAAGCUGAUCCUGCGCAGGAGAAGGCACAGAAUUCAUGGGUUGUUCCAACUCCUGUUUCAGUUGAAGAUAAUCCAGUCGAUCUGACAAAGCUUAUCGAAAUGAUUCCUGAUGAAGUAAGAAAAGGUCCAAGAGAUGAGAUUGUAUUCGAUGCAACUCAUAAAUUCGAUUACGAUAAUCUUGUUUCGCAACUUCAAAAACAUAAUACAGUUAUGAAGAUGAAAUUCGAAGGACCUCCAAAGGAUAUGGCAAGCAGCGAAUUACUUGAGCUUUUUGACAGAUUAUAA